AUGGGUAAAAAAAUUAAAAAGGAAGUGGAGCCUCCUCCUAAGGAUGUGUUUGAUCCUUUAUCAGUUGAAAGCAAGAAAGCUGCAACGGUGGUGCUGAUGCUAAGUUCCCCGGAAGAGGAAGUUGUGUCUAAAGCAUGUGAAUCUCUCUAUAAAUUCGCAACGAAAGGUGAUGAAAACAAGCUUACUCUUCUUGAGCUUGGAGCCGUGGAGCCUUUAUUUAAAUUAGUUUCACACGAGGACCCUGUUGUCCGCAGGAACGCCACCAUGGCACUUGGAAUCAUGGCUUCGCACAAUGAUGUGAAAAAAUCAUUAAGGCAGCUAGACGUCACCCAUGCAUUCAUAGCUCGCUUGGCACCAGAAGAAGACGUAAUCGUCCAUGAGUUUGCCAGCCUUUGCCUGACGCAUAUGGCAGUUGAAUACAACAGCAAAGUGCAAAUAUUUGAGCAAGGUGGACUAGAACCGCUUAUCAGACUGCUCAGCAGUCCCGAUCCUGAUGUUAAGAAGAAUUGCGUUGAAUGCAUCUACAGCAUGGUACAGGAUUUUCAGAGUCGUGCUGCAGUUCGGGAACUAAAUGUGAUUCCUCCUUUGUUGGAACUUCUGAAGUCUGACUACCCAAUUAUUCAGUUGUUAGCUAUCAAAACUUUAGGAGUGAUCACAAUAGAUAGGGAAACGAGAGUGAUGCUUCGAGAAAACCAAGGACUUGAUCACCUUUUAAAGAUACUGGAAACUAAGGAAUUUAAUGAUCUACAUGUGGAAGCCCUUGGAGUGGUGGCAAACUGUCUUGAGGAUGUGGACACUGUGCAAUUGAUUCAGGAGACAGGAGGUCUCAGAAAACUACUUGCUUUCACCGAAGUUUCCACACUUACUGAUUUUCAGAAGAAUGCAGCAAAAGCAAUUGCGAAAUCAGCUCACGAUCCUGAAAACAGGAAAAUCCUGCACGAAGAAGAAGUUGAAAAAUGUCUUAUUGCCCUUUUGGGAACAGAUAACGAAGGAACUAAAAUAGCUGCUGCUCAAGCAAUCUCUGCUAUGUGUGAGAAUUUAGCUAGCAAACAAACCACUGGAACUCUUGGAAUUCCUCAGCUAGUUCAGUUGCUAAGCAGCGACAAUGAAGAGAUAAAAGAAGCUGCCGCUACAGCUCUAGUUAAUCUGACAACAUCCCAUCUUGCCAAUGCAAGUGCUGUGGCUGAAGCUGACGGCAUCGAACCCUUGAUCGGUGUUCUCGGCUCCAAGCGAGACGGGGCUGUGGCCAGCGCCGCCACGGUUCUCACAAACCUGGCCUCCCAGGAGCCGCUGCGUGUCAUCAUCCAGAGCCACGGCAUCAUGAGUGCCAUUGUCGAACCGCUCCAUUCCUCCAACAGCCUGGUGCAAAGCACUGCGGCACUCACGGUGGCUGCUAUUGGUUGUGAUGCCGACGCAAGAGCCGAGUUACGGAACACGGGUGGGCUCGAGCCCCUUGUUAAGCUCCUCCAGUCAAGGAAUGAUGACGUCAGGAGAAACGCUUGUUGGGCCGUUAUGGUUUGUGCCAGUGAUGAGCCAACAGCAGCAGAAAUGACCAGGCUUGGUGCUUUAGACAUUCUUGAAGAAAUUAACUUGUCAAUUGGGCGAAAAAAUAACUUCAGUGAAGUGGCUUUGGAUAAAAUACUCGACCACAAUCUUCCCCAGAAAUAUAGUCAAAAGGGAUAUUUAGCAUCCAAUAAUAUGAUUUUGGAUGGGUUCUAUGAUUAUGGAAAGGUAAAACGGGGUGUCAAACUCUUGUCUCUGGAGGAACUCAGUGCUCAGGAACUCAAUGACCGCCGUGCUGUGAUCUUAGUGAAUGCUAAAUCACCAGAAACUGACCUCCCUUCCACAGCUGAGGAAAAGUCACAUGAUCUUCAUCAUACCCGAAGCGCCACUAACAUCAGGAAAGCUAGUAAAGAAAAAAACAGAAAUGGGGAAUUGCUUUGUAAUUUUGAUAGCUCAGCAGAUGAAAAGCCGGAGUCUCCAGGACGGUCCUCUUCAGUCAACAAAGGCAGCAGUAGAGAGAAAGGAUCAAGAAAAGGGAGAGGAAAAAAAGAAGAAGAGAAACCGAAAGAAGAAGAAGUGGAGCAUGUGCAGAAAGUCGUCGAAGAAGUUCCUGAGAAGGCCGUAUGGCUCCCCCCCUUUGACCCCAUCUUGAUGGAUUACAUUACUGAGGCUUCCAAAACAAUUCUGCCGCUAGCAUCUACCUCCCAACAGGUUGUAGCCCUUGCACAGUUUGUUGCAGACAAGAUGGGGGGCCCAAUCGAAAGAGACAAGCUACACGAAUUCAGCUGGGAACUUCACAUCACUGAAAUUGAAUUUGACCUUAAAUGUAACGUUGUGCCUAUUGGGAAGAUCAACAAAGGGACCUUCUACCACCGGGCUUUGCUUUUCAAGGUUUUAGCAGACAGAAUCGGCAUUGGUUGCACCUUAGUCCGUGGAGAGUACAACAGAGCAUGGAAUGAAGUGAAAUUGGUUGAUGAGGCUCCCCUGGGAAUACCCAGCGUUCUGAUUCCGCCUCAGGUGUAUAUCGUUGACCUCCUAUUCCAGCCGGGCCACCUGAUGAAAGAAGGAACUGCAGAGGCAGAUCACUACAGACGGAUUUAAC